AUGGGUACCAGCCCCAGGUGUCCUCUUUCUCACACAGCAUGCUUCAUUUCGCGAUUAGAUGACUUCAGCCAGCGUCUACAAGAAGCUAGGUCAGCGGUCUCCCAAUGCCGACAGUUUAUAGGCUCGGCCGGGGACAAAGACGAUGAGGGACAGAAGGUGUCGUCCAAAGUGCGGCGGGCGCUUGAGAAACUACGCCGGAUUACUGUCAGACUUAUCGAGGAUUCUGGGACCCCACUGAAAGGGGAAGUGACCCAACUCGCGACAGAUAUCAUAGCCAUCCACGAGCAUACUUUGUCUCAGGGUUGGGUCACCACCGAUGUAUUGACCCCGGCCGUAGAAAGUCUCUUUCUCCUCGCUCGUACAACCCUUUCAGUGGCCAACCCGAACACUCACACCCCCGCAUACGACUUCUUGGCGCAUGCGAAGCGCUUGGUCUCUUACUGUCCCUCCGCCGCCCCUGAGUUCGACGUCCACACUCACGCGAACUACGUGCGGUGUCUUUCCGGUGCAUUCUACAAUACUGCCGGGACGCUGUAUCAGGCCAGCCGACAUGCCGCCGCCAUCCGGUUCUUGCAGCAAGGUUGCGAGUUGGGCGCGGAAGCUCUGCGCCUUAGAGAUAAUGCGCCAGAGUCUCAGGAGACGAAGCAGGAGGAGUCCUGGAAACAGCUGCGAGAGCAGCUCCAUCGGCGAUGGGAAUUGCUUGGGGUGUGUUACUCGAAGAUUAGUGAACGGAAGCUAGCCUACGAGGCAUUCGUGCAGUGCAUCAAGGCGUACCCGUUCGCGAAUACGGAGUUCGUCCGUCUCGCUCGCUCCGGCCCAUGCGGGUCUGCCUUUGACGUUUCGCCGACCACCAAGCAGCUCGGGACGAUAGUCGACAGAGUGACGUACAUUGCUGCCUGCGAGUUGUUCCGACAACCCGGUGACGUCUCCCUCAGCGGUCCUAUGGAGGGUGUGCUUCCAGCAGAUGACUCAAGCAGGUGCAUUGUCGGCGCCAUACUUGAGCGGCAGGUAGAUGGCCUUGAUGGCAGUAAAUGGAAAGAUGGCGUCGAGAAUGUGAUCAGCGCCCUCUUGACGGACUGCCUCGCCGUUUACGAGCCGCAGAAGAUGCCAAUCAGGAGGGCGCGCGUCCUCGUCCGAUGCUUGGAAGCUUCGUACUAUGGCAGUGGGAAUGCACAAAGAUUCGCGGCUCGUCAUCCUGACGAAAUCGGGGACGAGGUCGGAGCGCUGCUUUCGCGAGAGCAUUACGGCGAAGAUGCAGAGUUGGUUCACUUCGUACCCCAAUAUUGGGCUGCUGCACGGCUCUGGCAAGCACUGCACGCACACCGCCUUGGAAGUCCGAAAGGACUUGCAGACAUUCCUACAUUAUUAGAACAAGCCUGUGACCAGUUGAAACCAUUAGCUUUACCCGUCGCACCUACCUCUCCCAGACUCAGCAGAUCACCUGUCGUAGCGAAGAAGGCGGCACCAUCAAGGGCCACGAAGACCUCCACGAAACGCACUGCGACACGCCGAGCUCCGGCUAAGAGCUCGAGGCAGCAUCCGGUCACUCCUCCUAAGGCCCGAAAAGCUUUGGAGCUAAUGUCCACUAACGCGCUGCAGACCGCUCCUCCGCAACAGUCGCAGACGAAGACGUCAACUGUGCUCUUAGACAAUUUUGAGAAAUUCUUUGGACUCCUGGAGAUGGCAGCACAGUUGCUGAACCUACUCGGUUACGUACUGGCCAGAGUCCGGAUGCUGAAUGUAAUGAAGCGACUCGCGGAUAGACAUGGAGGCCAUGAUCGCGACGGAUAUGUCAAGGCCUGUAUCGACUUAGCACAUGAAUACGUCAAGCUUGGGAAGAUCGAGAAGGCAGGCAAGAUUUAUGGCCAAGCCCUUACAGUUGUCCGUAGCAAGCAGACUUCAGAGGAGGCUGCCAUCUUCUUCCUCCUCCGGUACGCGGAGUCAUUGGCGGUCUCUGAUAACAUUCUACGGAGUUCAACCUCAUACUGCGAAGCCAUGGGAUUAAACGAAUGCUUACACACCGAAGAGAAGGGACUCUCUACUCUUGGGCGAGUACGAAUGAGAGUCGGGCGGCUCGAAAGAGCAGCUAGCGCAUGCACCACGUUCUCCGUCCUUCAGCACGCUAGGGACGAGCCUUCAGCUUCAACCAAGGGUCUUCUCCAAGCACUACGUCUCUGGAAUCGUGCCCUCGAUAGUCUAGCACGUCUUCGUCCCUCGAAGCCCGAUUCCAAGAAAACUUCGGAUCCGUCGAUGCCGUGCCAACAGCCAUACCGAGAUGGGCUAGAAUGGCGCGUAGCAAAUGGACUGCUAUCCACGUUGUUUGGUCUCGCGCAGGCCUACUUCUCCAGAGGGUCGGCUAGGGAAGCUGAAUACUUCAUUGAGCAGGCUUUCGACUUGGCUCACUCUCUGAACGCCCCGGCGGCCGUUGCCAGAGCACUAGCAAGAAAGGCUGAAAUUCAGCUCCGUCUCUGGCGUUUCGAGGAAAGCCACGGUAUCUUAGGAGAGGCCUUAAAGUCGUUGCCGAACGUCCUUGGUCCGGAUGUUGCUGACGUCUUGCGUCUCAAAGGAGACUAUCAUCGGCUCACUGCGAAUGUGAAGGAUGCUCAGCGGUUAUACGAUGAUGCCGCUGCUCUUUUAGAUCAAUUGGAGUCCAUGCUCACUGGUCUAGACGGUCCCUUGGCUGAAGGCAGGAGGUCUAGCAUAGCACGGGGAAAGUCAAGUGUUAAGGAACCUGCUACGGCUGACUGUAUAGUGCCUGCUCUCGCAGCAACUGUUCUCCGGCAACAAAUAUGGUUAUUGCGGGAGGAGGGAGAUGACCGCUAUCAGGAAGUACUUCACCGUUUCCUUGCGCUGCCUGCAUCCGCCGAGACAAAGGCUGAAGAAGUGGCUUUGAUGGCGAAGCUCACUCUGCAGGAUGUUUAUAAUCGGUUCAGAGGUGAUAUGUUUCUGAGCUCACUUGCAGAAUCGACUAUAUCAAUACCUAUGGGAUGUUUGUCAAGUAAGAGGAGCUCGCUAUCCCCGGUCAUCCAGGACAUUAUUUCUACCUUGGCCAAUUCGGAGAGAUUGUUUUGGUCAGACCUAUCCUUUAUAUCCCGCAGGGGACAGGUCCCCAACGUUCGUAGUGCCAUUUUGGCACUGGCUCUCGUGCGGGCUUUACAGAGCUCCUUGGGUAGAGCUGGGAAGGACAACUCGAUGCUUGCGGCAGGGCUCCUAGAUCAUGCAUCGGCUGUGGCACUCCGUCGCGAACUCCUGGAAGCAAUCGAUAACAAGUUCCUGGAGUCUGAGCACGUCGAUGAUGUGCUAUGGCCUGCGAUUACGCCCAACGGUUCGCCUCUUGAACUACCCAAAAGUCGGAAGAUGCCACGGCUGUUUUCUGGUCUCAGUUUGUCUCCGGACGGAUGUGCAAUUUCAGACGACCAGGAUCUCAGGAAGUACUGGUCGUCAAUCAGCGACCGAUGCCAUACAAGCAGACCGGACGUCGAACGUUUGUCGAUCUCUCACGUGAACAGCCUGCCUAGAAAUUGGAGUAUUAUCAAUAUCUGCAUUGCAGAGGAUAAGAGCGUUAUGUUUGUGUCCAGGCGCACAGCCGGGCGUCAACCCACAAUGUUCUGCUUGCCCCUGGGAGGCAGACGAGAUGUCGACGAAGAGGAACACUUGUCUUACGAUGCUGCAAUCGCCGAGCUGCGUGACAUCAUCCGAUUGAGCGAUGAGGGAACAAGGCAGGCAGGCGCAGUCAAGCAAUCCCAAGAGAAGGCAGCACGGGUCGCGUGGUGGGCUGAAAGGAACUCACUGGAUAAUCGAUUGAAGGCCCUGCUAGAAAACAUCGAGUUCUGCUGGCUAGGUGGUUUCAAGACUAUCCUCGGACCUCUACAAGCUAUUGGCGCGGAGGUGCUCACAGCUUUCCAAGCUAGGCUUGACAGGAUAGUCCGGCAUGGCAUAAAGUUGCAGGAGAAGAAAUACAAGAGCCAGGUCCGGUUGGACGAUUCUAUCCUUGAAUGGAUAUGCUCUUUGUCCCCUCAAUGCCACGACGAAGAGCUGGAAGAUCUGGUAUACUUCAUCCUAGACUUCUACCAGCUCCACGGAACACAGGUGGCCAUCGCCGAAGUGGAUGUUGACCAGGUUGUUGUAGAUCUCCGAAUGCUCCUGGAGGACUACUCUAGUAAGCUCAAGCCGGCCCAGGACGACGAGCAUAUGUUUCUCGUGGUGGACAGGAAUGCGCAUGAAAUACCAUGGGAAAGCCUCCCAAUACUAAGGGGCAGGAGCGUUAGUCGCAUCCCAAACAGCGAUUUCCUCUUCGAUCGUCUUGACUACGCGAGGUUAAGGCGAGGAUCCAAUACGGGAGAGACUGCGAAAGAGUGUUUGGACCGGGCCAUCGUGAAUCCUAGCAAAGCCUACUAUGUUCUCAAUCCAAGCGGAGACCUGAAGGCGACGGAGGGCCGAUUCCGCGAUUGGGUGACUGAUAUGCGGAAGGUAGGCUGGGACGGUAUCAUCGGUCGACAGCCAAGCGAGCUUGAAUUCGUCAACGCACUGUCAAGUAAAGACUUGCUGAUUUACUUCGGGCAUGGCGGAGGUGAACAAUACAUUCGUUCGCAUCGUGUACGACACCUGAAGCGCUGCGCUGCCACCAUGCUGUGGGGAUGUUCCUCCGGCACUCUCCGGGACAUGGGCGACUUUGAUCCCAUUGGCACACCUUACAACUACAUGCUUGCUGGGUGCCCUACAUUAGUCGCAAAUCUCUGGGACGUAACUGACCGGGAUAUUGACAAAUUCUCUCAAGCCGUCUUUGACGAACUCGACUUGACUCCCGGUGGAGUGCAGAGCAAGAAGAACGGCAGAAGCGAACGCCAGGCGGUAUCGGUCGUAAAGGCCGUUGCACAGUCCAGAGAUGCUUGUAAACUGAAAUAUCUGACUGGCGCCGCUCCAGUCGUCUACGGUAUUCCCUUCUACCUAUAACACGAUGGAUCUUAUCGUUGGACCAUACUUAUCCUAACUUAUUGAUCUUGCACCAUGUACUUGACAUAUGUAUCAAGAAUUCUAUCGCCAGAUUUUCAGG